AUGGAGUAUACAGAUUCCGAGGACCUACUAACGGAGAUCGUGAAACGUGGUCCGUUGACGGAGAGCGACGCGGCGGCCGUUUUCCGUCAGAUCGCGUCCGCCGUGGCGUUUUGCCACGCGAGCGGCGUCAUUCACCGCGACAUCAAGCCAGACAACGUGCUGCUCACUCGACCGCCGUCGCCGUCCGCAUCCCCUCCUCCCGCCGCCUCCCACACGCGCCGCUUCCGCGCGUCGUGCUCCUUGCCUCCCCCCUCCUCAUCCUGCUCCUCUCCCCCCUUCCCCUCCGCGUACCCUCACUCCUCCCCAUGCCCGUCCCCGCCCCGCUCCCCGCUCUGCUCCCCGCACCCAUCCGCGCCAUCCGCGCGGGCCCCCUCCGCUCAAGCCGCUUUCUCCGCCCAAUUCAACCGCGCUUCCCCUCGCUCUCCCCACUCUGCCACGCCAGGGGCUGAAGGAUCACCAAAACAACCUCCUCCCACCGCUUCCAACCGUUCCGACAAACCUUUUGACCGUUCCAGCUUCAUUGUGAAGCUAGCUGAUUUCGCGCUGUCAACACACGUGGAGGGGGGACCUAGGGGGAGGAAAACCGACGCAGGGGCGGGCACUAGACUCUAUAUGGCCCCUGAGAUGCUUGGGGGAGGGGAGGGGAAGAAGAGGGUUGGGGGAGGGGGAGGAGGAGGGGAUGGGUAUGGUUGCAAGGUUGAUGUGUGGAGUAUGGGAAUCACACUUGCUGCUAUGCUCACUGGUCGAAUCCCGGGAACCCCGGUGAAUUUCAAUGGGGUGGUUUGGCGAGGGGUGUCGGCGGGAGCGAAGGAUCUGAUCCGUCGGAUGCUCCAGGAGGACCCGGAUCGACGGCUGAGCUCGUUUGAGGUGCUGGAGCAUCGGUGGUUGCUGCAGGCUGGAGGGAAGAAGCCAGGGAACAGUGAUUGUGCUCCCACCAGCAUUGCUGCUGCUGCUGCUGCAGCUGCUGGUUCUGCUGCUGGUGCUGCUUCUGCUGCUACUGCCGCUCCUGCUGCUACCACCGCUGCUGCUGCUGCUGCACCGUCUGCUAGUGCAGCAAUUGCAGGGUGGGCAAGCCUCCUCCCUAUGCGCCCACGCACCACUACCGCAGGGGGCCAUUGUGACCCAGCAGCGCAGCAACAGGCGCCAAAAGCGUUGGCAGUCACGGCCUGGCAGCCUUGGUAUGGAAGUCAGAGCGUAGACGCGUGGGCUUGA